AUCAGCUGUUUGGACUCUCAUUCUGACGGCACCCAUUCACUGCAGGGGAUCCACUGGUGAGCAAUCACUACAUCUUAGAUGGCUUGUGGUGGAGCAUGCUGUAGAGUCAGGAGAAAGACCAGAUGAAGACCUGGAAGCUGGAGAGACACAGAGGAGUGAAACUGAAGAGGCUAAACGAAGUGUGAAUGUUCCUGAACAAGAGAAAAAGAUGGUUGUUAACAACCAGAAACCUGAGGUUACUGCUACAACAGAAGAAGAAAAAGAUGAAGAAAAACAGAUUGAUGUAGUUGUAGACACUGAACGAGGCACAUCUCCAAUGCAUGAUGAUGAAAAAAACAAGAUUGAAUCUGUUGUGAACACUGAUAAGAAGCCACAUCUAAUGACUGAUGCUGAAGAAGUGACUGUUUCUGUUCUGGGCGGCAUUGUUUCAGCUCUGUGACACACACAGGAAAUGGUGUUAUGGGUGUGUUGUUCAGGCCUAUGAUGCCACUUCCUGCGUAAUUGCCUGUUUGCAGACUCAUAAUGGAUUUGCAUUGAUUUACACUGAAUUCUAAAAGUAGAUGAAAUACUGUAUAAUAUGUAUUGUGCGUGCAUGAAUCUUUUAGUCUGAUUGUAUGUAUUGUGGGAUUGUGUAUAUGAUUGUUUAUCUGUGUCUUUGGUAAAUCGAAAGCGAGAUCAGUGUUGUGGUUUAGGCUUCGCUGUGACAAAAUUAGUUGCGUUGGGAGGGGGUGAAAUUCUGCGAGUACGAGAGUGUCAUGCGUGUGAAAGGUUGUGAUGUGGGAGGAAAGUAGAGUCCAGAUUCUCUACAGAUGCUCAGAAAUGAAGUGUUCCUCCAGACUCCUGUGUGGACUCCUCGUGUCAUACCUUUGUUUCAGAGAUUCAAGUGAGGAUCUGUCUGUGAUUCAGAGUCCAUCCAGCAUCACUGUGAAUGAAGGACAAUCUGCUCGAAUCAGCUGCUGCUGGAAUGAAACCAUACAGAAUGUUAAAGUUGCUUGGUACUUCAAAAAUACAAAACAAAAGCAGGAUACUCAAGAACAUACAACACAGAACUGUACAGUUCUGAACCUCAUAAACAUACUUAAAAAUGCUUCAGGUCAUUAUGUUUGUGAAGUGACUAAAGACAUACCAUUCCUGGUUCAUGAGAAUGGUAGUGGAACAGUCAUAACUGUCAAUGACAAUCUAGUAGAAACAACAUAUGUCAAUGGCAUACUAGAUAACAAAACGGUGACUGUUUCUGACCCGUCUCAACCUACUCAGAGUCCACACAGUGCAUCAGACGCUUCAACAUUAUUGCUGCCUCUGUCUCUGGCUGCUGCCAUCGGCCUGCUGACCUUCUGCUUGGUCUUCAGUCUGUUCAAGAUGAGAAACUCCUGUAAAAAAUCAGGUACACUUCAAUACUGA